GUUUAACAGGACCCACAUCAGGUCAGGUUCACAGGCUGUCUCCGGACUCAGAUUCCUUCAGGUAUACAUAAAGAUCUGUGGGGCCCACUGAGAGCUUUUGAACAUCAGUGGACUGUAAACGGGGCAGGCGGGCCCGCAGCAGGGCUGAGGACCAAACCUAGAGCAUGAUGGAGGCACUGUAUAAGCGUAUGGUGUCUGUGAAAGUCAGGGAGUAUAUAAAGGACUACGGUAAGAGGAAUGGACUGCUGACUCUCUCCGUGUUUGCCGUUGUUACUGGAUGCAUUCUUGGAUUUGUACUGCGGACGUUUAACCUCUCCACACAGGCAAAGAUCUACUUCUCUUUCCCUGGAGAAUUACUGAUGAGGAUGUUGAAGAUGUUAAUUCUGCCACUCAUUACUUCCAGUCUUAUGUCUGGCCUGUCAGCCAUGGACACAAAAGUGAGCGGCCGUCUGGGUGUCCUGACAAUAACUUACUACCUGUGGACGACUUUCAUCGCUGUGAUUGUGGGCAUUAUUCUGGUGCUGAUCAUUCACCCGGGGACAGGACAAGAUAGAGAUGGUCACCAUGGCAUCACGGGCCCUGUUAUGACCUCUGCUGAUGCUCUGCUUGACCUAAUCAGGAACAUGAUCCCAUCAAAUCUAAUCGAAGCAACCUUUCAGCAGUACCGGACGGAUUUGGUGCCAACUGUGCAGAGCUCCAACGAGAAAGAGUCUCAAGCCAAUUUUGUCUAUGUCAUGCCUGAUUAUCACAACCCUCGACUUGGCCACCCUGUUUUCUUAGAGAUCACUCCUGCGCCUGACAUCAAAUAUAAAAUGGUUCCCAGUACAAGCAAAGGCAUGAACGUGUUAGGGAUUGUCAUCUUCUCAGCCACCAUGGGUCUUCUGCUGGGGAAGAUGGGGGAACGUGGGUUACCGCUGGUCAACGUGUGCCAGUGCAUCAACGAGUGUGUGAUGAAGAUCAUUAAUGCUGCCAUGUGGUAUUUUCCCUUUGGCAUCGUGUUCCUGGUGGCAGGGAAGAUCCUGGACAUGCACGACCCGGCCCAUCUGGGGGAGAAACUCGGCAUGUACUUUAUCACGGUCCUGUCUGGGCUGUUCGUGCACGGCCUCAUCCUGCUGCCACUCUUCUACUUUUUCUUUACCCGCAAAAACCCCUUUGCCUACAUCAGAGGCCUGUUGCAGGCCCUUGUCAUUGCUCUGGCGACUUCAUCCAGUUCAGCCACACUACCAAUCACAAUGAAGUGUCUUCUGGAGAACUGUGGGGUGGACCGGCAGAUAGCUCGCUUCGUGCUCCCGGUGGGAGCGACCAUCAACAUGGACGGGACUGCCUUGUACGAGGCUGUGGCAGCCAUAUUUAUUGCUCAGGUCAAUGAGUAUGACUUGGACUUUGGCCAGCUGGUAACUAUUAGUAUUACAGCAACAGCAGCAAGCAUUGGGGCAGCUGGCAUACCUCAAGCAGGUCUGGUUACCAUGGUGAUUGUCCUGACGUCUGUGGGGUUACCUCCUGCUGACAUCUCCCUGAUCGUGGCCAUCGACUGGGUUCUUGAUCGGUUUCGCACGAUGAUCAACGUUUUGGGCGAUGCAUUAGCAGCUGGAAUUAUGGCUCACUUGUGUAAAAAAGACUUUGAAAAAGCAGCUGCCACUGCAGCAAACUCUUCCGCUGCCAAUAAUGAAAGGAGAGACACCGUAAUAUCCUUUGGCAAUCAAAGUGUGGCCAUGUCUGAUGCUCCUCUGAUCACACACCGUUGCGACUAUGUGUUCGAGGUGGAUGGGGACAAUGUGCUGGAGAGGCCCGUGCCCUGCUAUAAUCUCUGCCAAGUCUGAACCCCUUUUUACAGAAAGAACAGAAAAGGAUUUGUGAGACUUCUUUUCAAGAGGAUAUACUUGAAACACAGGGAGCUUAGUGUUGGGAUCGAAUGUGUCUUCACUGAAACAAAAAGUCAAGCAAACUGAGGUGUCAGGGCUGAGUGGUUUAACGUAUAUUUUGCCAGUGCCAUGCUGAAAAACGAAACCUCUUUUACUUUACACAAUGAGUGAGAAGAGCAUCUCAUAUAGCCUGAAUCUUAAGUAUGGGUUAUAGUCUGUGAAGCAAAGGAAGUAUGAAUGAACCAGACAUUUGAACACUGACCAGCCUGUGGAGACUGGAAGAUACAGACUGUCCUUAAAAUGUUGGCUCCAAGUUUGAUGUCUUAAGCUGCCUUAAUAUGAAGCUAAGAAAUGGAAAGACUUGAAUGUUAAUAUAAACUAUUGAGCAAAAACCAAAUAACUGGAACUUUAGAUAUUUUAUGUUUAAUAGACACAAAAUCAAUGCUAAGAAAAGUUGGUCACACUUGAUGUACAGAAUCAUUUCAGUUUUUAUACGUGUACUUUGAGGUUUGUGGUUGUUUUUAUAAUAAAAUAUUGCAAUACUCCAAGCAAA